ACCAGACUCCGAUCUGUGGAAGAGGCGAAGUCGGCGACAUGGGCAUUGCAGAGAUUGAUGGGGGGCAGGGUCUGAAAUUGUGGUGUAUCUCUGUCGGUGCCAAGACAUGGGUUCGGCAAGCAGCCUGAGGGUGGUUGCUUCCUCGCGGGCUCGGGAGUCCUGCAACCUCCACCCCUCGCGUCGCAACAUGAGUAGCCUCACCAGCAACGCGAUUCGGCGCGUCGGUCACGCCGCAUUGUCACGGAAUGCCGUCUAUCGAUCGUCAGUGGCAGUGGCGAGCUCAAUUGGUCGCAGAAAUUUACAUUGCAGCCCCUCGCGACGCACCGAUGGCGUCUUCCGUGAGCUCACCUCAAUGCGCGUGCGCACCCCAUGGAUAGAGGCUUUGCGCCAACAGCAGUCGGAGGGGAAGCAGCCUACGGAGCCUUCAGGAAAGCCCGAAAUACCCAAAGAUCGCAAAUUGACAGGGAAACGUAUGAACGAGAGCUACCACUCCGUUGUACUCCCACUAGCCCAAGACCCAUGGAUACUCGACACAUAUCUCAACGCCUCAGGGCAUAUACGGCUCGGAACCAUCUUCAUGGAUCUUGAUGCUCUUUCUGGCAUCAUUGCGUACAAGCACACUGGAGACGACGUGACUACUGUCACGGCUAGCUGCGACCGCAUUACCAUUCACUCCCCACUAACGGAGAUAUGCGAUCUAGAACUUUCUGGCCGCGUGACCUAUGCGACUGGCAGAAGCAGUUUGGAGAUCACGAUGCAGGUUGCCAAAGCGCCUAAGAAGGGCGAGCAGACCAAAGACGAGGAUGUCUUGAUCAACUGCACCUUCACCAUGGUCUCUCUAGAUCCAGGCACCAAGAAGCCCGUAAACGUCAAUCCUCUGAUCGUCGAGACGCCCGAAGAGAAGCGCCUCUAUGCUCUGGGCGAGCGAAAUUCGAAAGUACGAAAGGAGCGCCGAGAUACCUCUUUACUCAAGCAUACGCCGAACGACCUCGAGAGCGAUCUCAUACAUGCCUUCUGGCAGAAGCAAUUGCAGUAUCAUGACCCCUACGACGACCUGCGCAAACCCGACAACGUUGUCUUCAUGGAUGCUACGCGUCUCCAGACCGCCACAAUCAUGCAGCCGCAAUACCGCAAUCGACAUCAUUUCAUGAUCUUCGGUGGCUUCCUUCUCAAGCAGACCUUCGAGCUCGCUUUCACUGCCGCCGCAGCCUUCGCACACGCCCGCCCGACCUUCGUCUCCCUCGAUCCUUCUACGUUCCAGAACCCAGUGCCGGUCGGCAGCAUUUUAUACCUCACGGCUACAGUCGUAUACACAGACCCGCCGCUCAUCGGCGCGCCGGACGAAAAGGUCGAUGAUCAAGCCGAAUAUACACGAGUGCAGAUUAGGAUUGACUCCAAGGUGCGAGACGUGGAGCAUGGCCACAGCAAGCCGACAGGGCAGUUCAACUACACGUUCACCGUGCCGAAGAACAUUAGGGUCAUGCCAAGGACUUAUCAGGAGUUCAUGAUGUAUAUCGAUGCAAGGAGGCGAGCUGAGCAGGUCAAGCGGACACUGGAGGAAGGAUACGGUGUCAGCCCGAAGACAGCAGAGGACAGUCUGACGGAGUGAAGCCUCGAUGGCACAUGUCAUGGGCAUGAACAAGGCAGGAGUCCGGCUCAUCACUGUACAGCAUGCGAUCAAUAG